CGACGGACUCCAAGAGAUUGGAUACUGUAGACAACCGACCUGACUGCCGCCAUGGUGAAGGGCAAAGCCUUCAGAAAGCAAUGGAAGGAAGCCCGAAAGCCCUUCCGCCAGCGGGCCUCGUCCCGGAGCAAGUCGAUGCAUCGGGCCUCCUUUGAGGAUCGUACCAAGAAGAAGAGAGAGUUGGAGGAGGUGAAGGCCAAAGCCAAGGAAUUGGAACAGGCGAAGAAAGAGGUGAAGAAGCAGAAGGCGAAGAAGAAGGAGGAGAAGAAGAAGAGAAAGGAGGAGAACGCCAUCCGUGCCGGCCAAUACCAGGUCAUUAAGAAAACGGAGAAGAUCCGAAAGUGGCACAAGAAUGCCAGGAAGAUGCUCCGAACCAUGGGUCCGGAGCAAAUUGAGCGGCUCAUGAACAGCCAGCGAUGAGGUCGAAGGAUGGUCUCGUGAGGUCGAAGGCUGCCCCGAUGCACUCCCAUGCACUGCUAGGUGAGCUGCGAGUCAACCACUGCGCAGACCAGUCUGAGCUUCGUUUCACCGGCGAGUCGGGCCGAAAGCCGCAGAGAGGGCGAAAGACCGGA